AUGAGCGGGAAGGCCUCCAAAACGUCGAGCUUCGUCCAGCGAAUGCUCAAAAACCUGCCCAAUACCGCGCCGACUCCUGUUCUGGACGAAAAAUCUCACAAACAGUCUUCCACAUUAUCUUUCUUUCGGCGGCGUAUACGAUUAAAAGGCAACUCGUCCAUAUCGAUUCCACUUGGAUUUGUUCUGCUAUUCCCCACGAUUGUAUUGCUUUUGACGCUUUUCCUGGUCAUUCGACAUCCUUCCUCCACCGGUCGCAUCUUAGUGCCCGCUGGAACCCCUCCAUCGAUCAGGAGGAUAAACGAAAAACAUGACCGUGUCUUCGCGACGGGUUGUCUAGACCCUGAAGUCCAGAACAAGGGCCCACGCGCCAACGCUGCUUUUGUCGUUCUGGCACGCAAUAAAGAGCUGGACGGUGUGAUUCAAUCUAUCAAGAGCGUGGAGCGCCAUUUCAAUCGCUGGUUCAACUAUCCCUAUGUUUUCCUCAAUGAUGGCGAGUUUGAACAGGAAUUCAAGGACACCAUCAUGAACUACACGAGCUCUCCCGUCGAGUUUGGGACAAUCAACAGUAGCAUGUGGGGAUAUCCCGACUGGGUAGAUCACGAAGUCGCAAGAGAAGGCAUUCGCAAGCAAGGAGAUGCCGCCAUCAUGUAUGGUGGCAUGGAGAGCUACCAUCACAUGUGCCGCUUUUAUUCCGGCUUUUUCUACAAACAUCCACUCCUCGACAAAUACGAAUGGUACUGGCGCGUCGAACCAGAAAUCACCUACUUCUGCGAUAUCACCUAUGAUCCAUUUGUAGAAAUGGCAAGAGCAAACAAGACAUAUGGCUUCACCAUCGCGGUCAAGGAGUUGAAAGAGACUGUGCCCAAUAUCUUCCGCUACGCAUCGGCCUAUAUGCGCACACACAGCCUCAAAUCCCAAGGUUUGUGGGAGAUGUUCCUCGAGCCACAGCCGGAGAAGGCGGAGACGAAGGCCGACGACCGCAAAAAGACACUGCCUAACGAGAUUCUCGAAACGGAACGUGGUCACCAGAACAUUCAAGACAUUGACCCAGAAGCAAUGGAAGGCGAAAAAUACAACAUGUGCCAUUUCUGGAGCAACUUCGAAAUUGCCAGACUAGAUUGGUUUCGUAGCAAGGAGUACAACGACUUCUUUGAGAUGAUGGACCGUAGCGGCGGCUUCUGGAUGGAACGGUGGGGCGAUGCUCCUAUUCAUUCCCUUGCUGCCGGUGCCCUCCUGGGCGUGAAGGAUGUCCACUAUUUUCGCGACUUUGGUUAUCGACAUACAACCAUUCAGCACUGCCCAGCAAACGCGCCCACAAGACAACUUCCAAGGAUACCCUGGCUCGAAAAGACGACAGACGACCCAAAAGCUCGGCAGGAAGAGGACGAUUAUUGGGCUACGCCAGACUCUCCAAAGGAGAACGGUGUUGGUUGCCGGUGCCGAUGUGAUACUGACAUUCGAGAUGUUGAAGGUAAAGAAGGAAGCUGUAUGAACGAGUGGGUCGAGGUUGCUGGCGGCUGGGCCAGCCCUUGA